ACGCCCAGACUUGUCGGUCGAGGCAGGCGCCUUAAGAUGGCGGCGGUAGCCAGGCUGGGCUCCUAGCGCCGCGAUGGGGCUGUUUUACUGCCCCCUUUGCCGCCUCACCGCCUUCACCGGUCGGCGUCACCUCUACAGCAGCAGCCACCAGCAGCGGUUGCGGGAGGUGCUCGGCCGGCUGCAGGCCAAGGUGCAGUUGGCUCGGAAGAUGAUUAAAAAUGCAGUGGUUGUGAAGUAUGAGGUAGGGGAGCAUGAACAACUCUUCUGGUGUCUCUGCUGCAAGCAGGAGGUGAAAAGGCACCUGAGCCAUGGGAGCCUGACAGUGCUGCAUGGGGGACUUCUGCAGCACAUGGCCAGCCUGGAGCAUAAAAAAGAAGCCAACAAGUUCUGGUGGGAGAACAAAGCAGAUGCCAAAAUAAAGCAGCAGUUUCUGAUUUCCCCUGAGGACUAUGAACGAUUCAAAUCAUCACUUGUCAAAGCUCUGGAUGCUUAUGAAGAAAAAGAGGAUGAGGUCAUUAAAGAGAUGGCAUCCCAUAUCCGAGAAGUGGAGCAGAGCAGACAGGAAGUGCUACAUGCUGUCUUAGAGCCUCAAACAGGGACAGAAUUUUGUGAUGAGUCAUCCGCCUUCAGUACACCUGGAGGGCGUAAAAGUGACAUCACUAUCAUCACAGAAGAGCAGCUUGGUCCAAGUGCCAUUCAAAUAACACCUGAUUUAGAUUGGAUGGAAGGAAACCAUGCUCUGACUUUUAUUGGCCAUCAGGAAUCGGAAGGGAAGGGAAACGUUCACACAGGUGCCAAACCUCCCUGGCUGAUGCAGGAUGAAGAGGAGUUUGAAAGUAAACAGCAGAUUGGACCUUCAUAUGAGGAAUUUCUCAAAGAAAAGGAGAAGCAGAAGCUGAAAAAGCUUCCAGCAGAUCGUGUUGGUGCCAACUUUGAUCACACCUCUCAGACAGGUGAAGGCUGGCUUCCCUCCUUUGGACGGGUCUGGAAUCAGGGCAGGAGGUGGCAAUCCAGACAUCAGUUCAAAGCUGAAUCCGGUAAAGAAAGAGUCAGUCAAAGGAAGACCGGAAAGAGACCAAAAUCUGAGCUUCAAUGAAAGAGAUACACAUCCCCGUAUUUAAUGUACCAAGUGUGUAACUUCUGACACCAUGUCAGUGCCGUUACAUUUACCAGUGUAUAAUACCACUGUAUAGAAACCAAACUCUUGAACUAAUGUUGCUUAUCUAGCUUUUAUUAAAACUACUACUAAGAGGGA